AUGAGAACCAUUGAGGAGACCAGAAAGAGAUGGAACGUACUGUUCUCCGACAACGACACACCUUCCGAUCUCCGAGCGGCGUUACAAUCCGAGCAAGGAGGAACCCUGUGCAAUGACGGACUGAGGUCGGUUUGCUGGAAGGCAUUUCUACUCUUCGACGGAUUGGAAAAAAGGGAAUGGACGUCUAAGCUCGAUGAAUCCCGGGAUGCCUAUCGUGCGUUGAGAGAUCAUUUCUUGAAAUACAUCGAACACCCGGACGAUUUAGAGUCGACUGUUGAUCCGCUGGCGGAUGAUGAGCAGUCCCCGUGGCAAACACUCCGACACGAUGAGACGCUACGUACCGAGAUUCUGCAAGAUGUCGAUCGAUGCUUGCAGGAAAACUUUUUUUUCCAAGAGCCCGACACGAAAUCCAAAUUGACUGAUAUCCUGUUUGUCUACUCGAAGCUGAAUCCAGAUGUCGGCUAUAGACAAGGAAUGCACGAAUUACUCGCACCUAUUCUGUGGGCAGUAGAUCGAGACUCGGUGAAGCCACACCCUGGAGGAUUUGAUGCGAAUAAGGACAACGGUGAAGGCUUGAUGCUAAAGCUUCUUGAUGCACAAUUUGUGGAACAUGAUUCAUUUACGCUGUUUCUCUCUGUCAUGCAGACAGCCCGCAUAUACUAUGAACACGGCGAGACACGGUCGGCAAAUGGCCAGAUGGAUGUAAUUCCGAUAGUCGACCGCUGUCACUAUCUCCAUAAGGAAGCUUUGGCGAUUAUCGAUCAUGAGCUCGCUGAGCACCUGGAAGCUGUGGAUAUAUUACCCCAAAUUUUCCUAACCCGCUGGAUGCGCCUUCUGUUUGGGCGAGAAUUUCCAUUUGACGAUGUCCUAAUGAUGUGGGAUCUGCUGUUUGCCCAUGGGCUACGGUCUGAUCUUGUUGAUUUCACGUGCAUUGCAAUGCUGCUUAGAAUCCGUUGGCAAUUGCUCACGGCCGACUAUACAACCGCCUUAACGUUAUUACUUCGCUACCCUUCGCCCGAACCACACACACCUCAAACUUUCGUGCAUGAUGCACUCUAUUUGGAACAGAAUCCCACAGCUGAUCGAGGCAGUUUCAUUAUAUCCAAAUAUUCAGGCAGACCGCCGGACUCCAAAAUUCGCAACCACUCUGGUACACAGCCCACGAGGAAGGCCUUCCUUUGGGAGGACUUCAAGAAACGCAGCGAAAGAAGCCCACCUCCUGGAUCACCAGCCCGAAAUAGCCCCAAAAGCCUUGAGUCUCUUUUCCAAGACGUCUCUCAGGGAAUCCAACGCCGGACAGAGGCCUGGGGCGUAGCCAAAGCUGUUCGAGGCGCCGUGACAGAAGCUAGGAAAAAUAUGCAGACAAUGCAUUAUGAAUCAAAUAUGCGUCCUGGAUUCUCGAGACCUGUUUCCGCUGUAUCAUCCUCGGCUGGAGUGGAAACGAAGAUCAAUCUACUCGAAGAAAGGAACCAAGCUUUGGCAACGAUUUUACGCGAGGCACUGGACGAUCUUGGCUCCCAGCUAGCAAAGAUCAAAGACCUCGAUUCUGAUACGAAUAACACAGUGAAGCAGGCCCUAGUCAAAGCUGAGAGUGUCCGGGCCUGCCUCGAAGACUCUUCCAUCCCAGUAGAUCCCCCUCUUGACUCCCGUGUAGACGGUGAAUUGAGCCAACUGGGCGAAUUGCAGAAUACGCGCACCUCGACUACGGACAAGGCAGAAGGCAGCAAGGUGGCAAACAAAGGUCAAUUACGCAUAAUAAGUCCCAACGCGGAUACAAGCGGGCCGAAAGCCGAUGGUCGAACUGAUUCUGUGCUAGCGACGGCAAGGCGAACGAACAGUGGCCAUAAACCCGAAGGGUCGCGGACAAUCCCCUCGCGAUCAACUAUACGACCUUCUAUGACGGAUUCGGGAUUCUCAUGGAUGCUUGGCGGUGGGCGGAACUUGUCGGGUUUUGUCAGCUCGACAUCACCGCCGCCGGAGCAGACUCGACAUCUAGAUCAAAAUCGCGGGAAGCCCAAUGCCUUCGGGUCGAGCGGAGAUGACAAUUCAGGGGCGGAUUCUGGGCAUGGUGAAUUGGCGCUGCACAGUCUCCGGGGGUCUCGGGACCCUCUGUCAGGGACCGGCCCAUGA